GCCAUUUUGGCGAGGUAUCAGAAGAAACGUUGAUUCAUGAAAGCAUAUUGUAAUUGUAACUCGUUAUAAAUGAAACCAGUUAAUUAACACAGUUAUUUACUAGGAUAGUUAACAACAUUUGACGAGUAUUUGUUUCUUGAAAAAGAAACUAUGUUGAUUGAUAACAUCGAAGACUUCAAAGAAUGGUUAACAAAAACGCUGUUGCCGAUCUGUGAUGCCGAUCCAACGACAUUAUCGCGAUAUGUACUGGCGCUGGUUAAGAAAGACAAACCCGAACAAGAGCUUCGGGACACCUGUAUAGACCAGCUGGAUGUCUUCUUGCAGACAAAAACAAAACCUUUUGUGGAGCUGCUGUUUGAAACACUGACAACAAAAAGCUAUUUGAAGUUGGUCACACCAGAGGUUAAACCUUUGGAUCAGGUCACGGUUACCCAGCAUUCGUCUAGUCCAUCUGUCCCGGUACAGCCUGCAGCCAAACAGCCUGACCCAGACAAGAAAAAGGAGGAAAUUAAAUCAUCGGAGGAGAAGAGUGUAAACAACCGCGAUCACCAGGAGAACAGAGACCGGAAACGACGUUCAUCAAGUCCUAGGUCAAGAAACCGAGACUUAGAGGAUCGUAGACGUCACCAUGGUGAUAGAUCAAGAUAUUCUCCUGACAGACGGUACGGGCGGAGACGAAGUGACCGCUCGCAGAGUCCACGAAACAGAGGAAGAAAGUCGCCUGACAGGUCAAGGAGAAGAGAACGUUCACGCAGUCCUAGGUCAAGGUCACGCUCAUGGGGUAGACACAAAUCAAGGUCAAGAUCUAAUUCUGCAGGUCGCAAGUCUGACAGUCGAGGGUCGACUCCAACACAAGACAAUGGGCUGUACACAGGAACUAUUCCCAUAACCAGUGGAUUACCAAACGUGCAGAGUGCCGCUUCAUUGGCAGCGCUGACCAGUGAGAGCAACAAGCGGAGUGACACGCCUCCAAAAGGUGUGGUCACCGGACCACCUGGCUCUAGACCUCGCUGUCAGGAUUACGAAGAGAAAGGAUUUUGUGUGCUAGGAGAUCUCUGUCCAUUUGACCAUGGUGCUGACCCUGUUGUCGUUGAAGAUGUUGCUCUGCCGUCUGUGAUACCGUUUCCACCUCCAGGUCCACCUCCACCUCCAUUACCACUAGGGCCUCCACCUGGAGGACCCCCACCCAGAGGACAUCGUGGAAUGCUUCCUCACAUCGGACCUCCACACGUUCCACCCCCAGGCUUUCCCCCACCCCCUAAUGCCAUGCUGCACAGACCGGCUCACAUUAGACCAGUCGAUCCACAGCUUAGCUUUCCUAGACCGGAUCACUAUCAACCUGAAGGUUAUAACCCAGAGGCUCCUGAGUUGACUGAAUCCUCCGAGUACUGGGACGUACCGAGAGGGCCGCACGUACAGUCAGCUUACCACAACCACCCCCGACACAAAGAUCUCAUACAGGUGCAGACAGUGGAGGAUAUUCCUGUAGAUAAACAAGAAAUAGAACCCAAGAAACCUGCAGAAGUUCCUAAAACUGAAGCUAGUCAACCAAAGUUGCAAUCUCGUGUUGUGGUGGCCAGCAAACGUCCAUAUAGUGCUGUAGAUAACUCCAACUCCAACUCCAACUCCAACCAGAGACAAAUAGUGGACACCCACAUGAGUCACGGAAGAGGCAGAGGUUACCACUCUCCGUCUAAACGUGCAUUUGAUUUCAAUAGACUAGGAGGAUAUCGGAGACCAAAAACUCAACAGCAGUCAGAAAACUGUACCCUGGAAAUCCGAAAAAUCCCUCCAGAAUACAACAACAUAUCCAAACUUAAUGAACAUUUUACUCAGUUUGGGAUGAUAACGAACUUACAGGUGUGCUAUGGAGGAGACACAGAAAGUGCCUUGGUAACGUUCUCAACGAACCACGAGGCGCUGAUGGCGUACCGCAGCAGCGAGGCCCUGUUCAACAACCGCUUCAUCAAGGUGUUCUGGCAUAAGGGUGACGGCCUGAAGGAGGGCGGCGGCGAGAAUGCCAGGGAGCUGACGGAGGAGGAGAAGAUGGAGCAGCAGAAGCAGAAGAGGGAGCACUAUCUGCAGCAGCACGAACAAAUGCAGAAACUCAACCAGCAGCAGCUCGAGAAGAUGACCGUCAACGUCACGUUCUCCAGUGAAAAUGCACCCAAUGGUUCUGAGCAACUUUCAGCAAAAGCCCGACUUGGGCCACCACCACCCUCGAGCAAGAUGAAGUUGAACAACACAACCAACAAGACACUAGACAAGGGUAUAGUAUAUACAUCGUCUGUGGGGAAUCUGAAGAAAACAGUCUUCAACCCUGCAGCUGUGAAAACCUCUCCACUUACAAGUCCUACCGCUGUGAAGACGGCCAAUUUUGUAGCCAAGAUUGAAGCUAUAAAGAAAGACGAUGAUAUAAAAAAGGAUCAAAUAAAGAGGAAACUUGAAAUCCAAAAACAGAAACAAGAGUUGAUGAAGAAACAAAUUGAACAGCAGAAAAAACUGAUUGAAAAGUUGGAUAAGAAUAAGAACAUAAGUGCAGAGGAUAAGAGUGUGGUGAUGGAGACAUUAAAGUUGUUGACGGCCAGCAUUGAGAAACUGAAGGGUGAGACAGCCGUAAACAAGAAUCAGACCAUGAAGAGUCCCGAACAGGCAAGGAAAGAGAUUCUGGAUGCUGAAUUGGAGUUGAUGAGUAAACAAAACAGUGGACAAGAUACUGCUGAGCUGAGGUUAAAGCUGACAGAACUAACCAAAGAGGCCAUAUCUCUUGGACUGCUGGGUCGUGGUCGAGGCAGGGGUCGUGGACGGGGUCGAGGUCACUGGGUGAGAGGUCGCGGUUCCUGGACGCCCAGAGGAAGAGGGCGUGGUGCUUUGAGUACGGGCAGCAUGUCUCUGGACAAGAGGCCCAAGACGGUGGAGAUCAAAGGCUUUACAGUGGACGAAAAAGAUGAAAUCAAGACUCAUUAUAGUACAUUUUGUCAGAUAGAGAAGAUUGAGUUCAAUGAUGCUGUCCCAUGUGCAAUAAUAACAUUCAAAACGAGAAAGGAUGCUGAGAGGGCUGUAGCUAGAGGUGGAAAGUUUAAGGAAAAGGAGCUGAUCGUACGAUGGCAUGUCGGAUACUUCCGCAGUGUCAGCAUAGUCAGUGAUGAUAGCAUUGGUGCCGAUGAUGAUGAUAGCCAGGUAACUGAUGACAUCGAUGAGGAUGCUAUUCUUGCUGCUGAUGAGGAUGAGGAAGAUGAUGAAGAGAGUAGAUCGUGGCGGACGUAAAAUCCAACUCGUCGAUGGAGGAAGAUUCUACCUGUUUAGAUUUGAUAUUUGUUUGGUUGCCAACGUUCCAUUUUAUAGCCUCGUUACCUACCACACUAGUUCCAACAAACUAAAAUGAAACCGUACUGUGUUAAUGUUCAUAAUUGUUUAGUGCAGAAUCCCAAAAUGGCUUAAUGGUAUUGAGAUUUCCAUUUGUUAGCCAGGUUUUGUUACUUUCUGAAAGGUGGAUGUACAUUCAGCCAUUUCAUUUUCAGUCAGUAGGCAUCUAAAUUGUUCCCCAGUAUUGCUGAUCUGGCCGCCUAUCUUGUACUGGUUUUGAGUGAGUCUAAACUCAAUUUGCAAUUUUAGAUAAUGUGGAAUAAUACCCUCUUCUUUUACCAUUUAUCCUGGACUUUUUAAAAUGAAAUGGCUGAUGUUACAAAAAACAUCUAUUAAGAACUUGAACUGCAAAUUAUUGAGACUAAAUUGUGUUUGAAUGGAUUGAAUUUUGUACAUGUGAUAUUUUUGUUGCUAUGUAAUUUAUGAAGAUGGUUUUAUUAUAUUGUGAGGAGUGUAUGCUGCAUUAUUAUUUUUAUGAAAGUUGUGGAUUGUUUGGUUGUUAUAUAAUUCUCUGUACUGCCAUAAUUUGCAGAUUCACUGAGCACUUUUAAAUCUGAUAAUUUUACUUUAAAUUAACAUGAAAUAUGUACACAAUAUUUCCAAUGAGUAUUGGAUUAAUCAAUGAAAAAUGUGUAAUUUUAACUUCAACACUGACAGCUUUUUAAGGCUAUUUAUAUAAUGUACAAAACAAAAUUGAAAUGAUGGUCUAUAGCCAUUUGGCAUUUCAAGACUUCAUAAUGGAUUGAAAUUGUCUUUCAACAUUGUAUCCACUGUUUAACAUAUGUGAUGAACUACGCACACCAUGAUUGUUUACUUUACAGUCAAACCUGCUAUAAAGAGCACAGAGAUCACCCUUCUGCAUACAAAUGUCCUGUCCCCCCCUCCAUCAUUGCCCCUUUUCCUUUCUCUCCUUGUGACUUCCAUCUCAUUUAUUUCCGAUCUGGCAGCAGCUCCUAUCUUUUAAAUUCUUUUGCUGUCCAUGUCCACAUCCCAGUAUUUUUCUCUCCAACAGCGAGAGGUGCUCGUCUCUUGUGACUGUCUGUGCCACACAUCUGCCAUUUCUCAUCAGCUUGUAGCUGUGGGAUUAGUCUGACCACUUCAGAGAAUGUUCAGUAGUUAGUUCUAGCAUUGUUAAGAGGCACUUGUAACCACCUGCUAUACUCCCCUACCACCGGCGGUUGUUAGUGCCAUGGGUCAGACCAGCUUUAUUACGUAGAACUCGUUGACAAACGUCACCUAUUCAAAUGGGUCUUAGUAUGUGCUCUUCCCAUCUGGGGAAAAAUGCAUAUUAGAAUAGCUGUGCCUCUAAAUGGCUGGUGUUUCAGUUCUGACACACCAAUACAGUGUCACACGUUAACACCUGCUCAUUAAACAAUGUAAUCAUCAAAACAUUCCUUUCAGUUUGAUUUAAAAAGAUGUGAUCGGAUCAUUAUACGACAUGAAGAGAAUUCUUCUCUACAAAAAGUAUUGAUCAGUACUGAUGGCAUCUCAUAAGGGUAUCUCGGCUAACGCUUUGUGGAUUAACAGACAUAUCGUUUAGACAUGGUUACCAGGUUAUGCUUCUUACACAUACCAGUGAAUAAUUGCAGAUAUACUUUUGUUAAAAUAUGUAAUUAAAAAUACAUACGCUGUAAUGAAAACUGGGAGACCCAGUCUGAGAAAUAUAGUGGUUUGUUUAACAAAACAGAUGUCUUGAACGUUGAUUUUCCCCUAUCUAGAUGCCAAUAAUUAAAUGUUUUAUCUGUACUAAAAUAACUUUUAGGUAAACAAAACACAAUAUUAAAAAACAGCACAAGACAACACAGCUAAUUUAAUGUAGAAUUUUUGCUGAAAAACUAAAUUAAUUUAUAUGUAUGAGGUUUUUUUUUUCAUUGGAGCAUAAUUGAGAAAUUUCAUUGCAGCUUGUGUAUUAAAUAUUUUGUUAUCAUUUUAUUUAAAUACUGUUUUUUCUUGGAUUUUAUGUUAAUUUAACAUUGUACAUCAUUGAAAUUAAUUCACCAUUGUGUAUCAAGAUCAUUAUCAUGUUUGUACAUUAAUAAUGACUUAAUUAUACUGGUUGUACAUUAUUUUAUGAAAGAACUUGUUAAAUUCAGCACAGUAUGCAUUCAUACACAAAAGAAAAAAGAAAAAGACAGAAAAAAGUAAUAUGGUUCAUAUUAAAUGUGAAACAAAAAAGAAAAUGUGGAAUUCAUAUGAAAUCAUGAAACAUAAAGAAAAAAAAAGAAAAGAAAUUAUAUGAAUGCAGCUUUGUUGAAAUUGUUGAUGUUACAGAAAAAAAAAAUGUUGAUGUAAAAAGUUAAAAAUGACUUGUGAAGAAAAAAAGGUCUGUUGAAAAUAAAUUAAAAGAUGUGACAGAAAGUCACCAACAAAAACAA